CCCCAUGGAAUCUGCUUGAAAUUGGUGAAGCUAUUCCCUAAGGAAUCGCGAAUUACGGUUAUGUUGUAGCUAUCAAAUGCUAUAUUUGAAACGCGAUCAAAUCGCUUCAGGCUUCAGCUAAUUUGAUUAAUUUCGUUGUUAUUUAUAUUUUUUCUGUUUGAUCUAUUGAUCGAUCAAAAGUCGCUUUUCCUCUGUGUUUUCUAGGUUUUUUUUUCACUUAUUUCUCUUGUCAUGGCACCGGUUUCGACUGUGAUCAAGGUUAAGUUUGGAGACACACUCCGGCGCUUCAAUGUACUUAUUCAAAAGGAAGAAUUUAAUUUUGACAUUGUCAUGUUGAGGAAUAAGAUUUGCAGCCUCUUUGGUUUUAGUCCUGAUGUUGAUUUUACACUCACUUACAUUGAUGAGGAUGGAGAUGUAGUCACUCUUUGUGAUGAUGAUGAUCUCCAAGAUGUUGCAGCUCAGUCUCUUGAUCCACUCAGGAUAACUGUUAGUUUGGACACCGACAAUCUUGAUAGAUCUUCUCUCACAUCAAGUGAGAGUUCUACUCCCCUUAGUUCUCCACAAGACCAGCUUCCAUCCCAAUUCUUGAACUCAAGGGUUCUUGAAAUCUUGAAGUAUGUGCCAGAGUCACUGCAUGAUGGACUUUCAAAGCUUUUGCUUUUCUUGGCAUCAGAAACAGCAAAUUCUACGGUGGUGCUUGCUGAGCUUGUAGAGAAGAUGCAAAUGACCCACCUGAAUAAGCCUUCUGAGUGUAAAGCUGGCUCAAUGGUUACAUCAGAUAUCAAAGAGCAACAAGGAUUGAAGAUCGCUGAACCAUCAAAAAGGUCACCUGCUACUUAUCUGGAAGCAUUAACUAUGAAUGAGCACAAGGUUUGGGAGGAUGAUGAAGAUGGAAGUGCAGACUCAAAGAACAAAACUGUGCAGAUUGAAACAGUGGCGAAAGAUGUUAAACAUGAAGAUUUACAUCCCCCAAGAUCUUUAGACCUUAAUGUUCCUUAUUCGGGUCCUGAAAAUUUUCAGUAUUUGGUCAAUUCCGAAGAUGUUAAAGGCUCUGGUAGCAGAAAUUGUGGUGGUGCUGCAUCUUUUUCUGAUGAUUGCACGACCCAACUUGCAUUUGAAGCUGAUUCUGUUCUGAAAAGUAAGAAAGAUACCGAGAAUAUCAGCACUGGAGUUCAGCAGAAUUCUGUAGGUUUUGGUGCUUCUAAUCCUGAUUAUCUGAAGCGUUGCCUUCAAGAUUCCAAUAUGAAGGAGACGAGUGGUUUCCCAUGGACUAAAACGAUAAAAGCAACUAAUGAUUCUAGCAGCUCUUCAGGCUGGCAACAGGGGACUUUGAGUGCAAUUAAUGAAUGCCCAUUUAAGGGGAUGAUGCCUUUAUCAAGUGACUCAACAUUGCAUGCAUGUCCUUACGCAUCUCGUGUCCCUCCUUUUAAGAGGAGCUAUAAUCACAGUAAUGGUUUAGAUAAUUUAUUUCAUAUGGGUGUUCAAUGUGAUAAAUGUGGAGUUCAUCCAAUAAGUGGGCCUCACUACAAGUCAAAAGUGAAAGAUGAUAACCAUCUUUGCUUCAAUUGCUUCGAGGAGAUGGGACAUGAUGCUGAUUAUAUCAAAAUGGAUCACCCAAUGAUUGCUCACUAUCCCUCGCCUUUUAAGGGGUUUCAAGAUCAUUCUGUUGGUGCCUCCGCUCCUGAGGUGAAGCCCUCUCUCUCAAAACUAGAUAGUUGCUUUGUUCUUGAUGUCAAUGUUUAUGAUGGCACCAUCAUGGCUCCAUCCACCACGUUUACCAAAAUCUGGCGAAUGAGGAAUAAUGGCGAUGUUAUUUGGCCCCAAGGCUCGCAACUUUUGUGGACUGGUGGUGAUUGGUUAAGCAAUACUGUUUCUGUUGAGGUCGAGAUUCCAGCCGAUGGUUUGCGAGUAGACCAAGAGCUUGAUAUUGCAGUUGAUUUUGCUGCCCCUGAACUUCCUGGCCAAUAUGUUUCAUAUUGGAGGAUGGCCUCUCCAUCUGGGCAGAAGUUUGGACAACGGGUUUGGGUCUUUAUCCAGGUUGAUGAUGGUUUGAAGGAUUCAGGUGAAAUCUCCAUCAAUUUGAAUCUGCCUCCUGUGAAAGACCCUCAAGUUGUAAAGUCGGGAAUGGGCCACGAUAGUGAACUUCACGAGAACCAUUUUGUUGGAGUCGUGGAGCCUGAAGAUCUGUUUUUAGAUGCAGAGCCGUAUAGGGAUCAGGUAACGACUUCAAGCAAAUAAAAGCUAGCCAAGGCUCAGUAUGGUUUCCUUAUUUAGUAGGUUCGAACCUUUACAGACGUGUGUUCUUGUUUUGGAGCACAUUUAACUCGAGUAAAUAGCGUUGCAGUUACGGGUUUAAUCCCAAACUUUCAUUUCAACUUGAUGUCGUUCUUUCCUUUCAAA